AUGUCUUUGACUGUCACGCAGACCGUCAUUCGACGGAGGAGCAGCCCAGGGAACAGUUGGUGCUCCGCCUCACUACCGCCGAUCCCCGCCCGCACGUCACAUGGGGAGCCGGAGUCAUUGGCAGGCUUUAUUUCUAGUUGAUGAUUCUAAACUCUUUACCAUUCAGACAAUGAAAACAUGGGACGUCUGAAGUCGAACUGCUGCUGCAUCUACACACCUCCUCGUCGUUGGGACGAUCCGUCAACUUGGGAACCGAAUGAGCACGAGACGGAGCACUGCAGAGGGCAUACCGAGCCGGAGAAGAAGAAGCAGAAGGGAGGAGAUGGGAACGGUGAAGAGGACAAGGAGAACAAGACAGAAGACGGCAACGGGUGCGGAUGCGAUCACUGUUAG